UUCGGAAUGAUCCGCGGCAAUGCCGAAGUUCGACGACAACUCGAUUGGAAAUGUUUUUCUGGCUUGGCUAGCGAUUUCUCCUCACUACGGCCGAUGUAUCCGCUGAGAGUGCUUGAUUGCCCUCUUCAGUGGUAAGAAGCUGUCAAAGAGAUAGGGGAGCCGGACCGGUGAACCUGUUGCUUGUAGCGUCGCCAUGUGAUCCCGUACAGAAAUUCGUGUCCCGGAAGGAAGCAGGAAUACCCGAGCCGGAAGCAUGACAACUGUCAACAGAGAAGCCGCUAAAUUGUUGUCGCUAAGCAUGUCCGACAGCGACUCUAGCGGCGACACUCUACGGAUCAGUCUUCCUCGACAAAAAGUUUUCGCCAAAAGAAAACGCAAGCGCAAGCGAGAUGCGGAUAAACCACUCUCGCUGAACGGAUACAAUCUCUUCGAAUUGGACUCUUUACCGAAGAUUGGCAAAUGUCUCCUCUAUGGCUUCGUAUUAGCUGUGCUCAUCAUGGAAGCCUGGUUGAUAGUGAAAAUUUCGCGGCGACUCGACAGGAUAGAAACAGCUCUUGCCGAUGCCGAAGGGAAGCACAUCCCGGAUUCACUUCGGAACAUCGAGCAGCGACUGACUCAUAUGCGAGCCAAUCAGAGCCAGAUCGAGCAACUGGUUGGUCAUCUAUAUUCGCAGCUAGAGCUCAUCAACAAAAACCUCAGACUCGUUAACGGCUCCGCUGAAGAGCUCCGACACGAGAUAUCGAAUACAAUCAACAAACAGAUGCCGUCCCAUUUUGAAAAGUUUAACGAGAGUUUGAGUGAUGUCCAGCUGAGGGUAACCCGAGUCGCUGGCGUUCUCGCUUCGACGAGCGAACAGCUCAAUAUUUUGAGCAGCAAGCACAAGCAAUUGGACGGGGCGAUACGUUCUAAUGACGCCUCGAUCGCAACCGUCGUGGAUGUGAUAUCCGGGAAGGAUAAUUCAUCUAGUCUCGCCCGAGGGCUCAAUUCCACAAUCGAGGUUUCGGUCCGGAGAGCUCAGGCCAGCAUCGAGUCUACGAUCCAGCAGGUGAAGGUCGAACUCGAUGACAAGAUGUCGUCGACCUUGAAUGAUUCAAUCAAGCAGCUGAAGCGGGAACUAUCUACUCAAAGAGACGAGCAUUCCUCGUCGUCGAUUGCCAGCAAUACAGAAGCUACGGAAGCUCAUAAGAAUCAAAUCCAAGUCCACCGCCCGGAGACUGUCGCACUCGGUGACUCUUCGAGAGUAUCCGAUACUCCAGGUACCAAUGGGUCCUUGACCGCAGAAGCGACGGAUGUCACAUCUCUGUCUCCGACAAAUGCUCUGGGCGAAGCUCGAAACGCUGGCCGCAGAAAAUAAUCUCGAAUCCUCAAAUGUCAGAGCUCUGGACUCCCAUUAGUAGUCACUCGGUCCUCGAGUGAUAUUAUAGAGAAUUGAUUCCGUUCCACCAUGAACAAACUAAAAGAGGUGCUACAGGCAUUAUUCGAGUCACAUCUCGAGCCCCCAGUUGUAAAGUUCAAGUUUCCGAUUUCUGAAUGAAAGCUAGUUUCUGACUGAGAAUCGCCGUAUUCUGCAAUGGACUAGAUGGAACCUAGAUCAUUUUAGCUUUUUAGCACCCACAAUCAGUUGUGCGCAGUGUGUUUUUACCACAGCUGUUGAUGAUAGCCUGUCUAUGAUAUUUGUUACGGCAGCGAUUUCGGCGAAAAACCCUUCGGAAAACGCGGACUGGAUCCGCGGUCGUGUCAGUCAGGAUCAUCGAUCCCCGAUAAGCUUCAGGAAGAGAACGAUGGUCCCAACGCGAAGGUUCAUGCAUGAUUCCG